AUGGGGCGCUCCUGCUUGGGCCGGCGGCUGGGCAGCAGCCUGCUGCUGCUGGCGGCGGCGGCGGCAGUGGCCGCCGUGCGCGACACAAAGUAUUACGACCACCUGGGUGUUUCUCCCGAUGCCGACGAGCGGACCAUCCAGAAGGCGUACCGACGAGCGGCGCUGCGGUACCAUCCUGACCGGAACCCUGAUAAACCGGAUGCGGAGGAGCGGUUCCGCGAGGUGGCGGCAGCAUACGAGGUCCUGUCGGACUCUGAGAAGCGGCAGAUUUACGACCGGUACGGCGAGCAGGGCCUGAACCAGCAGCAGCAGGGCGGCGGCGGCCCUGGCGGAAACUUCCACUUCCAGCACGGCGACGCUUUCAACAUCUUCGAAACCGUGUUUGGCGGCAUGGGCGGCGGCGGCGGCCAGCGCAUGCACUUCCAGUUUGGAGGAGGCGGCGGCGGCAUGGGCGGAGGCUUUGGCGGCAUGGGCGGCGGCCACGGCGGGCAGCACGGCGGCGGUGGGCGGCGGCAUGAGACCGCAGGACUCUACGACAACGAUGCCUUUGUGCAGGACCUGACUGAGGACACGUUCCCAGAGGGCGACGGCGACGGCUGGAUCUGGUUGAUCGAGUUUUACGCGCCCUGGUGCGGGCACUGCCGCCAGCUGGCGCCCAAGUGGCGCAAGGUGGCCGAGGCGCUGCACGGCGUGGCCAAGGUGGCGGCGGUCAACUGCGAGCAGCAGCAGGCGCUUUGCCAGGAGCAGGGUGUGCGCGGCUACCCAACCAUCAAGGCCUUCAGCGGCGGCCACUUGCACGAGUACAAGGGCGACCGGUCGGCGCGGCACCUCAAGGACUGGGCGCUGGGCCUGCUGCCCAAGCACAUCAAGACCGUGAACAAGCAGCAGCACCUGGCCGACUUCCUGCGGCAGUGUACCAGCGGCACGGGCGGCGGCAGCAGCAAGUGGGGCGUCUGCGCGCUGCUGCUCAGCGACAAGAGCGAGACGAGCGCCCUGUACAAGAGCCUGGCGCUUCGGUACAAGGGCAAGAUUGCGUUUGGCGAGGCGCUGCGCUCCAACGCGGAGAUCAGCCGGGAGUUUGGGGUCAGCAAGUACCCCACCCUGCUGGUCAUCUGCGGCGGCAACAAGGACGUCGUCGUGAAAUACGAGGGCGAGAUGAAAUCCACCAAGCUCUCCCGCUUCCUCAACCAGUUCUACUCGGGCAAGGCCUGCGCCGCGGCCAUCAAGAUAGAUGCCGCCAACGACCUGUCCAAGAUGCGGGUGGGGCAGCUGAAGCAGAUUCUGGAGUCACGGGGGGAAAAGUGCAAGGAGUGCGUGGAGAAGGCUGACUAUGUGGCCAAGAUCCGAGCGGUGUUUGGCAUAGGCGACACGGCGCAGCAACCUCCCCACAGCGAGCUCUGA